GAUGGUUUGAGGGCUGAGAGUGGGAGCCUCCCUGCAAGCAGCGCUGGUACAUUCCCUGUGCCCCGCACCGUGCCCUCGCAGCGGCGCUUGGAGCCAAGCCAGGAAAAUCCCAGGGAGCUGCAGGAGCCUCUGGCUGCCCCUGGCAACUCUGUUGUGCUGCCACCACCUCGGCUGUCCCCGUCCCAGCUCCCCGCAGGCUCCUGGGCGAGGAGGAGGCACCGGCCGAGAUGGACUCGGAGCUGGAGGAGCGGUUGCGAGAGGCUUUCCGGGACAAGCUGCGGCUGCUCCCGGCCGAGCUGCGCGCAGCCCGUGGCAGGACGGUGGCGGCGCGGGACCGCGCCACGCUCCCGCCAUCCACCCGUGUGCUCCUGAAGAGGCGGGAGGUGGCGGAGGCGGAGCGGGAGCUGCAGAACCAGCGGCAGGAGUUCCAGCAGCGGAUGCAGCGCCUGGCGCAGCGCCGGCAGCAGCUGGCCCGGAGGCGAGAGCAGCACCGCGACGCCGUGCUCAGAUUUGACUCCUUCCUCAAGGCGGUGGCGGCCCGGCGGGAGCAGGCGCUGCGCCGGGCGGGCGAGGAGCGGGCGCGGGCGGCGGCGGAGCGAGCUGAGGCCGCCCGGCUGCAGCGGGAGCUGGAGCGGCUGCUGCGGCACAGGGAGCGCCUGGCCCGGCGCCUGCGGAGCCUCCGGCCCUUCGGGGACUACCUGCGGGACGUGCUGGCCACCAUGGGGCAGUUCCAGGACGUGCCGGCCAUGCUGAUGCAUUUCGGGGUGCUGGCGGGGGUGCGGGCAGCCCUGGCACGGGAGGCAGAAGCCGGGCAGGAGCAGCUGGCCCAGGGCAGGGCACAGCUCCAGCGGUACCGUCAGGAGACCAGCAUCCAGCUCCUGGGCACCAGGAAUGAGCUGGCCCGGCUCCACGCACGCCUGGAGGCUGCCCGCCAAGACGUGCUCCAGUGGGAGUCCUGCUGGGCCCACAUCCAGAGCACAGCCAUCCAGAAGACCCUGCUGCUGGGGCAGAUCAAGCUGGCUGUACUGAACCUCUUCCAGCAAACCACUGCACAGCUCAGGAUCCCCACGGACAGAGCCCAGGAGGACACGAAGGCCCAGCUGGACAUGCUGCUGCUCUGCAUGCAGGCCCUGGCUGACAUCUGUGCCACUGGCACACACCCACAGCACCACAGGAGUGCCAGGCUGCUUCGGGGCUAGGAAUAGCCCCUGGGGACACCUGCCUGCUCCUGGGGCUGCGGAGAGGCUGCCAGGGCCAGCAUGGAGCCACAGGACCCGUGGAGAUAGAGGUAAUUCCCUGCAAGUCUGGAAAUCCCAUGUCAAGAGGCAACAUGGAUGGCAGUGGCACAGUCACACUGGGAUGGCACCACACCCAGGCAGGGUCAGGGCACUCCUGAGGUUCCCUCCUGCACAGAGCACCCCAGGCAGGAGGACGAGGAGGAGGGAGCUGCUGUUGGCAUCUCUGAAGGUGCUUCACAUCAAAAUACAUCAAAAUACAUCCAGCUGUG